UCCGCUGGACGUCCGCUGUCUGGUAGCGAGAAGGGAUUAGUGAGAAACACCCCGGGACGACGUCGGCUUCACAGUCUGUCGGUAGCCGGGUUUAACAGCUUUGCCCCGAGCCUUACCAUUUACAUCACUUUGGAGAUUUAGGGAUGAACUGAGGAUGAAUGUAAACCAGCACACUCCUAUGGCCUCUCCUUACGGCCAGCCCCAGCCUGGCUAUGGUCAGCCCACCUAUGCUCCUCUGGAUGGUGGAUACCCUGCUCCCUACGCACCCUACAACGGCCCUGCUUCAGCCUACCAGCCUGGAGCUCCGCCACAAGGUCUUGCCAGGGCCCCCCCCACCUCUGGACCCCCUCCAGUAUCAACCCCUCAACAGUACAAUCAGUACAGUCAUAGUCAGGGGGACAUGCAGAAUGGACCCCCACCUAUGACACAGGCACCACCCAGGCCUGCUGUGUCUCAGCCAUACAACCAGGGAGCUAUGAACCUGACGGGGCCCCCGCACCCCUCCUAUCCACAACACUACGGGCCUCCACCCUCAAUGCAGCAGGUCACCAACCAGAUGACUGGGAUGCAGAUCACCUCUGGACCCCCUACACCUGCGGGGCCCGGAUAUGCUCCACCUCACAGCUCGCAGCCUCCUGUCAGUAUUGCCUUCCCGGGUGGUCCUGCGCCCUCCUACACCCAAGCCUCACCCCCUGCAGCAUCCUCUGCUCCCACCCAGCCGCCACCUCCCAGUGGCCCCGCAGCUUCUCAGCAAUACUACGGAGGCCCACCUCCCUCUCAACAGCCAUUCAACUCGUCUCUUCCCCCUACCUCUCAACAGCAGUUCACCUCCUCUGCUCCUCCGCCUCCUUCAUCUCAGCAAACUUUUCCUCCUUCCUCCUACGCGGGUCCUGUGCCUCCACCUAGUCAAGCUCCUGCUCCUCCACCUGUGUCCCAGGCACAGCAGACCUUCCCCCCGACACAGCCUCCCUUCUCCUCAGCAUCUCCUGUCAGCCAGCCUCCCUUCAUGUCCGGCCCACCUCCCGCUGCCCAGGGCUCCUUCCCACCUCAAGUACCCCCCCCUUCCUCUCAGCCCGGGCCGUUUCCUCCUCCUGGCCCUCCUCAAGCUUCAGGUCCCUCUGGUCAAUACCCAGGCCCUAUGCCACCCCAAAUGCAGCCCCCUCCAUCCCAGCCAUCCCCCUACCACUCUGGUCCACCUCCUCCCAGAGCUCAGAUGCCUCCCACAUCCAUGGCCCAGAGCAACCACCUGCCUCCAGGACCACAGGGCCCACCAGGACCUCCUGGUCCUAUGCAGCAGCCUCCACCUCAGCCUGGCAUGCAGGGAGGAUACCCUCCUCAGCAGAACGGUGCAUUCGGGCAGGUGAGGGGCCCUCAGCCCGGCUAUGCAGGCCCUUAUCCGGGGCAACCAAACUAUGGAGCUCCUGCACCGGCUCCGGCUCCAGCUCCGGCUCCGGCUCCACAGAAAAGACUCGACCCAGAUGCCAUUCCUAGCCCGAUCCAAGUAAUCGAAGAUGACAGAGCUAAGAGCACUGAGCCGUUUACUACAGGGGUCAGGGGUCAGGCCCCACCACUGGUCACCACCAACUUUCAGGUCAAAGACCAAGGGAACGCCAGCCCCAGGUUUGUCCGCUGUACGGCCUACAAUAUGCCUUGCACAGCCGAUAUGGCCAAGCAGUCUCAGGUGCCACUUGCCGCCGUUGUCAAGCCGCUCGCCACACUGCCGCCAGAUGAGACCCCUCCAUACCUGGUGGACCAUGGUGAGGGCGGGCCAAUCCGUUGCAACCGCUGUAAGGCCUACAUGUGUCCGUACAUGCAGUUCAUAGAGGGAGGACGCCGCUUCCAGUGUGGCUUUUGCAGCUGCGUCACAGAGGUUCCUCCACAUUAUUUCCAGCAUCUGGACCACACUGGUAAGAGGGUGGACUGCUAUGACAGACCGGAGCUUUCACUGGGCAGCUAUGAGUUCCAGGCCACUGUUGACUACUGUAAAAACAACAAGCUUCCUCAGCCUCCAGCCUUCAUCUUUCUUAUUGACGUGUCCUACAACGCUGUUAAGAGCGGCAUGGUCAACAUUGUCUGCCAGGAACUCAAGGCCCUCUUAGACUACCUGCCCAGAGAGAACCCAGAAAUGGAGUCUGUGGUACGGGUGGGCUUCGUCACCUACAACAAGGUUUUGCACUUCUACAAUGUCAAGGGGAGCCUGGCCCAGCCUCAGAUGUUGGUGGUGUCUGACGUAUCGGACAUGUUUGUUCCACUGCUAGACGGCUUCCUGGUCAACGUAAACGAGAGCCGGCUAGUAAUCGAGAGUUUGCUGGACCAGAUUCCAGAGAUGUUUGCAGACACCAGGGAGACAGAGACAGUCUUUGGACCCGUCAUACAGGCAGGACUGGAAGCACUCAAGGCUGCAGAUUGUGCAGGGAAGCUGUUUGUGUUUCACACCUCUCUGCCCAUCGCUGAAGCUCCCGGAAAACUAAAGAAUAGAGAAGACAAGAAGCUCAUUGGGACAGAUAAGGAGAAGUCUCUGUUUCAGCCCCAGGUGGGUUUCUACAACACUCUGGCUAAGGAGUGUGUAGCCCAGGGCUGCUGCGUCGAUCUCUUCCUCUUCCCCAACCAGUAUGUGGACGUUGCCACGUUAGGGGUGGUUCCUGUCUCCACUGGAGGUUCAGUCUACAAAUACACUUACUUCCAGGCUCAGGCAGACCAGGAGCGAUUCCUGAACGACCUCAGACGAGACGUUCAGAAACUAGUAGGGUUUGACGCUGUCAUGAGGGUGCGAACUAGCACAGGCAUCCGAGCGACAGACUUCUUCGGCUCCUUCUUCAUGAGUAACACCACAGAUGUGGAGCUGGCAGGUCUGGACUGUGACAAGGCGAUCACUGUUGAGUUCAAACACGAUGACAAGCUCAGCGAGGAAACGGGAGCACUCAUGCAGUGUGCGGUGCUGUACACCAGCUGCAGCGGCAAAAGACGCCUCCGCAUCCACAACAUGGCGGUCAACUGCUGCUCUCAGCUGGCUGACCUCUACCGCAACUGUGAGACCGACACAAUCAUCAACUUCUUCUCCAAAUAUGCUUUCCGUGGCCUCCUGAACAACCCCACAAAGGCAGUGAGGGACACUCUGGUUAACCAGUGCGCUCAGAUUCUGGCCUGCUACCGCAAGAACUGUGCAAGCCCCUCGUCAGCUGGUCAGCUGAUCCUGCCAGAGUGCAUGAAGCUGUUACCGGUCUAUCUCAACUGUGUGCUGAAGAGCGACGUGCUGAUGCCGGCAGCUGACAUCUCAUUGGACGACCGGGCUUACUUGAGGCAGCUGAUCAGCUGCAUGGACGUCGCAGAGACUCAUGUCUUCUUCUACCCGCGCCUGCUGCCACUGACUAAGUUGGAAUGCGGCUCGUUGCCGGUGGCAUUGAGGAACUCAGAGGAGAGGCUGUCGAAAGGCGGGGUUUAUCUCCUGGAGACGGGCCUUCACCUCUUCCUGUGGGUAGGAGCCAGCGUGCAGCAAGAGCUGCUGCUCAACAUCUUUGGCACGCAGAGCUUCAGUCAGAUCGACCCGAGCAUGACAAAUCUGCCGGUGCUGGAUAACCCGUUCUCCCAGAGGCUCAGAGAGAUCAUCGACUCCUUCAGAGCACAGAGAUCACGAUACAUGAAGCUGAUGGUGGUGAAACAGGAAGACAGAACCGAACUGAUAUUCAGGCACUUCCUGGUCGAGGACAAGAAUGCCAGCGGGGGAGCGUCGUACGUGGACUUCUUGUGUCACAUGCACAAGGAGAUCCGCCAGCUUCUCAGCUAGGCCCCCAAAACUCCCACCUUCACCUGUAUGACCCCACUGACCCUCCCUGGUCACCUUUCACACCCUUCCUUGUUGAAAGAAAGAAAAGCGCUUUAUCUUUUUUUUUUUUUCUUUCUCUUUUUUACCUAAUAAACUAA